AUGCCCAUAGGUACAGUUCAUCAGACUAUUCUCGUCAAGUAUAUCCCCGAUGGCUUGAACUUGACCGUCUACGAUGUCAACCCCAUUGUACCCGGUGAUGAGCUACCCUGGUAUUAUAGGAUCGAGUUUGUCAAUGGGAGUAAGAAAACCUCGCUUCCAUUCGAUGUUUCGACAACUACUAGGAAUGGUACACUCGGAAUAGUCAGUUUAAGUUCCGAAAGCGCAUUCUCAUAUGGCAGUUAUGGCUCAUUUGGGCCCAAAGUUGAGAUUUUUUAUAGGCUUCACGGAACCACCAAGGUCCAAAACCAGUCAUUUGACGUUGAUCAGAAGGGAUACAUCUGCGUCUCUACUACUGAAUGGGGAAUUGGGCGCCCAGACUACUGCAAUGUUACAUAUCAGAUUGCGGGAGGUAAUCCCGUAAAUCUUUCAGGGCGUGUUCCAUCUACCAUCGCCACUAAUCCCAAAGAUAUACAACUUGUCUUCGCAGUCAACGCAAAAGACAAAGAGAUUGGAAUGAAUGUAACUGUUGCUGAUAAGAGUUUCUUGGACAAAUUGAUUGAAUCUGCUAUCGGAGGUGUCUUUUGGGGAAAUGAAAAGGCGUUUGGUUGGGCUAUAGGAAAAUUUUAUUAG